GUCUGCGCGCCGGCGGCCAGCCCAUCCUCACACCUUGGCUCUCGGCUUCUGCGAAAUCCGCCCCUCGGGCUACAAACUUUUGCCCGAUGUGUCAACUCUGCUGGGCUUCGCUGUUGCGUCGGGCGUUACUGAAGAGCAGGAGGAGAAGGAGUCGCUGCCCAACUGCAAUGAAUCGGGAGUGAACUGUCUGCCACCCUGUGAGCGCUGCAGAAAUAAAAAUGACCAGAAGGAGCAAGUGACCCCUAGGACACUUUCUGGAGAACAAUAUAUGGUGCAGCUGGACGCAGAGGGGACUUACCAGUGCAGCCUCACGGGCUUGAUUUUUGAGGUAACGAGGGCCGUCAAAAUCAUAUAUUCCCUCUUAUCCUGGAGCAAAUAUGCCGACCUCGUGGAAAAGCCGUGGAUCGUCGGCGGCCCCCUCUUCAACGUGUCCUGCAACUCGCCCUCCGCUCUCACCUCCAUCCAGUUUCCCCACUCCCUCUGCCUCGGUGAUCAUGGUGCUGGCAUGGCCUUCAAGGUUUUACACAUCAAAGGGAAGGACGCAGCCAUCGAGCCCUCCGCCGACUACUCGGCCUCGCACGUCAAGUGGCUGGUGAGCUCGCUGUCACCGGUGGGACCCCUCAUCCAGAGCCAGGAGCCGGUGCAGUACCACGGUGCCGUCAUCCUCUAUAAAGUUGUCGACGGGCAUCCCUCCUUAUCCUUUCGGGUCUACGUGGCCACAAACAACGACUCCUUUAUAAAGGAUAUCUGGAAAGCUGUCAAACAUUCGAAUAAGAAAUUCAUUAAAAUUGACAAGCCUCCUGUAUGCCAAAAAUUACUACAGAAUGGAAAGAGAUAUAGAUUAGUUUGUGAGCCAGAAGCUGAAAUCACUCCGGAGGAAAUUGAAUUUGUUGAUGGAUCUCUCUUGAAACUAAAAAGCUACAUUGAGGUCUAUUUGGAGAAACCUGGCGACUUCACCUUGUCUUUGGUUGAGCUGGACUCUGACGCGGUCGUAUGGAAAGCAAAACUGAGAGAGAGUGACUGGAUACAUUACGAUCAGAACAAAAACAAGCAGAAACGAAGCGCAGUCAGCGUCAAAAAACGGAAACCAGCCCUCAGCAUUUUGGAAGAAGAUGAGCUCUGUAGCAAAAAGCAAAGGACCGGCAAUAAUGCAGAUGGAACUGAACCGAAAAAGUUAACUGAUCAACAGCUGAUGGAGAUCGCAAAGUUGUUUGGUAGGCAGUGGAGGGAAAUUGCCAUUGAGUGUCUUCAGAUGGAAAUGAAAGACAUCGAGCAGAUCCAGGCAACCGAGCGAGAAGUUAAUAUACAAAAAUUUCUGGUGUUAAGCAAGUGGAGAGACAGAGAGCAAAGCAACGGAACUGCAGAAGCUUUGUACCACAGGCUCCGUGAAAAAGCGUCCUGUGAGAUCCUGCAAGCCCUGCAAGGUAUCGCCUUCCCGUUACGUUUACUUCGGUACAUCCCCGUGUUUCAGGUUUCUCGGCUCAGCGCUGAGCUGGCGACGCCGCGGCCGGGAGCGCGGUGGGAGCUUCCCCGGGACCCUCGCUGGGAUUGGGGAAGGAAGAUGCGAGGCAUCAUCACUCAGCGGGAAGUAUUAGGCGGGAUCUUCGCAAGAAGCGUGAAUGAAAUUUUGCUCGGAUAUAAGCACACGUAA